UUCAUCAUUUAUAUUUACUUUUUUAUUUUCGUUAGUUCGUGGUUUUUCAAAAAAGAAUCCAAUAAAAUGUUUUAUUAAUUAAUAAAUAGAUACUUGCCGUAAAACAAUAAAUCAGCAGAUUAUACUUAAUCGCACCAUUUAGUAGUCGACCGACGCCUGUAAAAUACGGAACAAAAUGAAGGUUUAAAAUUGCUACAAGCAUUUUUUACACGUUAAUAUAUUAUAACAAGAUGAAUAUUAAAAAUAACAUGAAUGGCACCGCAUUCUUUGAUUCAGUAAAAUCAAAAGACCAGAAGGUGUCUGGCUUGAAAAAAGGCGAAAUAAUGGAUUCUAAAAUGGUUGAAAAAGGCCACUUUAAUAAAAGCAGUACCAUAAUGGGAAUGCCAUUUAAUUUCCUUCCAAUCGGUUGUUCAAAAAGUGGAGAUGAUUACAAAGAGGCAAGUAAAGGAGGUGGGGUUUAUCGGCCCAUACAGGAUGCACAGGAGGAAGAAUUGACAAUUUUUGAAUUUAGGAAUUCUCCUUCUCCCACAGAAGAUGCAUUGAAAUUCCUGCAAGGAAACUAUGUAGACCUGAACUGUCAAAGAGUAUUUUUCUCAAGCUUCAGUGAAAUUCCAUCAGAGACUUUUACACCAACACACAACAACUCUUGCCACCAGUCUACUAAUGGAAACUUCAAAUAUCCCUUUAAUAACAAUUACAGAAAUCACAAUAAUAAUAAUGUUAACAAUAAUAAUUAUUCUGGACACUAUACAAAGAACAGAUAUAGCAACAACACCCAAUCAAAUAACCCAUCAAACAAUGGCCGACAACCUCACAGAAGACCUUUGCCACAAUACAAAAACACCAUAGAUUUCCUUACUAAUAGGGUCAAUGGCAUCUCAAACAGAUUUAAAGCUAGAGCUGAAAUAAUGAAAAUCGAUCCGCAUCCACCGCAAUUACUAAACGGAGGACCAUACGAUAGUCUUAGCACCUCUUUGUAUGACGUAUUCAAAGUCAAGGCUCAAACAAAAAAAUCUUUCGAGAAUAAAAUUCAAAUAUGGAAGGAUUUGUUCCUGUAUAUAAGGGGUUGUUUAACCAAUUACGCUUUAUAUAUUGUGGGGUCGACGAUGACGGGUUUUGGGCUUGAUUCCAGCGACAUUGACAUGUGUCUUCUCAUUAGGCCGUUUACGGAAGAUCCACGAUUGGAUGCUUUACAUCAGUUAUAUAAUAUUAAAAAUUCUUUGAUGAAAUGUGGUUUUAUAGUAAAUCCCGAGCUAAUCUUGGCCAAAGUCCCAAUACUAAAAUUCCAAGUGGCAUCAACCGGAUUCGAAGUAGACUUAAACUGUAACAAUUCCGUUGGAAUAUUCAACAGCCACCUGUUGUACUGUUAUGCGAGAUGUGAUUGGCGUGUACGGCCUCUGGUUAUUAUCAUUAAAUUAUGGGCACAGGCCAACAACAUCAACGACGCUAAAAAUUUGACGGUGUCCAGUUAUUCGUGGACGUUGAUGCUCAUACACUAUUUGCAAUGUGGAGUUUCGCCCUCGGUGUUACCGUGCCUUCAUCAUCUGUAUCCGGAUUAUUUUAACGCCGACAAGAACAAUAUUUCGGAUUUUCUUGAAGAUUUGGACGUUAUGGGGGACUUUCAGUCUUGCAACACCCAAUCUUUGGCGGAGCUUUUUAUUGGUUUCUUCGGUUAUUAUUCAAACUUCGACUUUGGUCAGUUCGCGAUAUCGGUGCGUGCAGGUGGUCGCCUACUAAUCGAAGCCUGUAAACAAGUGAAAGCACCCAAAAACGACCCGAACCAAUGGAAGUACCUGUGCAUCGAAGAACCCUUCGAUUUCACCAACACCGCGCGCUCCGUAUACGAUAUCACCGCAUUCAGACACAUCAGAGAUGUGAUUAUGGCAUCGUAUGCGGAAUUGGUAAGAACCAAAUUAUUGAGCAGCGUCUUACCGGUCAAAAUGGAAAGCGAUUGUCCCCUUUUAAGUUACGAAGGGUUAGAUUUUGGCAGUGUGGGUUAGGCAGAAGAUUUAAAAAACGAAAAAUAGUGUUAAUUUUGCUCCUCUUUAAUAGGUGCAAUAUAUGUUUAGUGGUUGUGAAUUAACUUGUCAAUUUUAAGCUCAGAGCACCUUAGUUUAUAAUAGAUUUACUUAAUCAUCUGGUAUCACUAAUGCGUUAAUACAACUGAAGUUGGGUGUAACUAACUAUUUUGCGUUAUUAGGAACAAGAGUUUUAGCCAAAAGUAGUCCACUAACUCUUUUUUAAUGUGUAAAUCUCUUUUAUGCCUGAUUUCACAACUUAAACUGUUUAAAAGAUUAAAAUAAGAAACCCUAAAAAAACCGCCCUGUCUUGUGGGAUAAAAGAAUUAAUUUUUUCAAAAAUAUGGCUUUUCGUGCUCGAGUAACUGAAAAACAAUAUAAUUAUAAUUAUUUUAUUAGUGAUACCAGUAUGAAGAAAAAAAUGUUAGUGCCAUCAUGAACUAGUCCACUGAAUAGUCCAUAAAGAUUCCAAGAAAAAAAAUGGGUUAUUUCGUACACGUUUGGGUUUCUCUUACUAUAAUUUAAAAAGUUCCUACAAAAAAAAAAUACUAAAAACCGUUAAAAAUCCGACCCGUCGGUGAAACAUUUAUAAAAAUUCACUCAUCGGGUUAUCAAAAAAAAAAUUAUUAAAUAAAUAUAUUUCCAUACUUAGGUACUUAAGUCUUGUUCUAAUUUUUGUGAUCGUAUCUUUAAGUGUUGAAACAUGUCCGGAUCUGUUAAAACAUUUUGUGCCCGAUUUAUUUUUUUAUGUUAUAUUUUUUUGUUACUAUAUGAAUUAAGUGAGGGCAUACGAUUAUGAUACAUCCAUCAUACAUCAGUUGCAGCAGAUUCCUCGGCUACUUGUUUCAAGUGGUUUCUCAAAUGUUUUGGACCAUGUAAUCAAAUAGUUAUGAAAUAAUAAUAUAUCCUCGAAAAUGUCCUUUUGUCCUUUUUCAUCUCCUGUGCUUAAAUUAUGUGUCCUUUAUUAUUGAUCAGCUUACAGCGGGGCUGUGCUGUAACUUUAUAUUUUUCUCUCUUUUUGAAAAAAACAACUACGUACAUUUAAAAGUUGGACGUUUUCUAGAUGGACUGGAAUACUUUUUAACGUAUUUUCUACCACUUUAAAGAAACCACUUGAAAUUACCUUAAAUAAGAAUUCUUGCAGUAGCUAAAAAAGACCAAAGAAAAACUAUAAAAAGAAUCUUGAAUAUAAACAAACAUACCAAAAAAAAAAACAACUAUAAAUGCAGGGUGUUAAAAGGCUUCAAGAUUGGUAAUUUUAAUCCUUAAAUUAAAUUUAAAAUUAAAAAAUCAUGUAAAAAGUAAUACAAGGUAAUUUAUAACUAUAUUAGGGUAAGUCCGGGAUAGAUGCCCUACUUUUUUUGUUAAGUUAAUAUCUCAAAACUUUUUUUUAUUAAAGAAAAGUUAUCUAAUGUGUGAAGACUGUUAUACUAAUUAGACACCUUUUCCGGAAUAUAAAACUAAGAAUAUAAACUCCUGAGUAUCCGGGAGUGUUGCCCUUCAAGACUGGUAGUGAUGCCCCACCAAGAAAAACAAGAUAAUUGUAAACAUAAACAUUUGUUUUCUUUUAAUAAGUAUUUUUCAUUACACAUUUAAUUAAAAAAUAAUAAUUAAACAUAAAAGUAUUUCGAAAAAACAGGGAUAUAACAUUAACAAAAUGUUUAAAAAACAUAAAAAUAUAAGAAACUUUUAUUUUCUCGGGUUAAUUACUAAAUUAGAAAAGCAGUAUUAUUUCUUCUUAGACAAAAGCUUUCCACAAAGAUCGCAAACGUUAAUAUAUUUGCUACAAUUUUCAUGAUACCAUGUUUUGCAGUACAAACAUUGUAUCCAAUCGUCCUUUUUUUUAGUGGCAGAAUAUUCUUCUCCGCAUCCGGUACAGCAUUCAUCUUCGCUUUCUUAUUCAUCAGAAUCUUGAUAUACUAUUUCUUCACUACUGAUUUCUGAGUCACUGUCAC